AAAGAGAUCAUGGCGCUGCCCUGUUUGCCUCCAGCUGACUGCCGCUUUGCACACUCAGGACUGCAGUGUUACACUCCUGGAGUGCUGCAGUGCUCCUGAUCCAGUUCAGGAUUUGGGGCUAUCUGUGCCCCUUGUUGCUAGCCCCGCCCCUCAUUGAGUGAUUGCUGGGAUUGCUGUGACUUACAUAAGGACCCUGCUGCAAGAAGAACUGGCUUGCCCAAGCUCCUUUUUGUGAUGUUUUUAGGUGGUGUUAUAUUGUGCCAGAGGAAUCAUUCACGUUGUAUCAAGCUGUGUCAAAGAGACAGCGUCACAGUCAGAUGAGCAGGUAACCUGUCUGCUGCUAGAUAAGCAGAGUUCCAUGGAUACAGGGGCAAUCAUGCAGGACAGAGGUGAAGGUGCACCCUGAAUAAAGUGGAACUCUGUCCCGUAAACAUUCCAACAGAACAGUUCCUCUUCCAACUCCCUCCCAACUACUGAUGAAAUCCAAACAGCCCUCUGGGAACAACAGUCAGCAAACAAGCAAGGACAAGAAUAAGAAGACAAGCUCAGAAAAAGAGACGUUUAAAUACCAGUCAUGGAAAUGUCCAGCACAGUUAUUUUGCUGGGUUUGCUGGCCAUUCUGCUAUUGGUGAUCAGACAGAGAAGUAGAGCUUAUAAACUUCCUCCAGGACCUCGUGCUCUGCCUCUACUUGGCAAUGUCCUCACCCUGGACCACCGUGCCCCAUUUAAGACCUUUCUGAAGUUGAGUAAGAUCUACGGGCCUGUCAUGACAGUAUAUUUGGGACCCCAGCGAGUGGUUGUGUUGGUGGGCUAUGACACAGUGAAGGAGGCACUCAUAGACCAGGCGGAUGACUUCAUAGGCAGAGCACCAGUUGCUUUUGCUCAGACAGUUUUGAAAGGCUAUGGUCUUUUGAUCAGUAAUGGAGAGCGCUGGCGUCAGCUCCGACGUUUCACUCUCACUACGCUGAGAGAUUUUGGGAUGGGACGCAAGAGGAUGGAGGAGUGGAUUCAAGAGGAGAGCAAACACCUUCUGGACUCUUUCAGAGAAACCAGCUGUGUUCCAUUUGACCCCACGUUCCACCUGAGCCGGGCUGUGUCCAACGUGAUCUGUGCACUCGUGUUUGGGCAGCGGUUCAGCUAUGAUGACAGCAACUUCCUUCAUCUGCUCAACAUCAUCUCUGGAGUCUUACGCUUCGCCAGCAGUGGAUGGGGACAGUUGUACAAUGUCUUCCCACGACUGAUCAAACUCCUUCCGGGUUAUCACCACUCCUUUAUGGAGGAGGUGGAGGAGGUCAGGACCUUUGCUUUGGGCAAAGUCCAAAAGCACAUGGAGACACUUGACCCCAGUGACCCCCAAGACUUCAUCGACUGUUUCCUUAUUCGACUCAAGAAGGAGAAGGACAGUCCCAGUACGGAGUUCCACUAUGAUAAUAUGAUAGCGACGAUCCUCAAUUUGUUCCUGGCUGGAACUGAGACCACCAGCACUACUGUUAGAUACACUCUGUUGUUACUGAUCAAGUACCCUCAAAUACAGGAGCACAUGCAGGAAGAGAUUGACACUGUGAUUGGACGAGACAAGUCCCCUUCAAUGGAAGACAGGAAGUCCCUCCCCUUCGUUGACGCAGUCAUUCAUGAGGUUCAGCGCUAUGUGGAUCUUGUGCCACUUAAUGUUCCCCAUUAUGCCCUGCAUGACAUCAUGUUCAGAGGUUACACCAUUCCCAAGGACACAGUGAUUUUUCCCAUGCUGCACUCUGUUCUGCGGGAUGAGACACAUUGGGAGAGUCCCUGGUCAUUCAACCCCACACAUUUCCUGGAUAAGAAUGGCAACUUUAAAAAGAACCCAGCCUUCCUCCCCUUUUCUGCAGGUAAGCGCUCAUGUGUGGGGGAGUCUCUGGCACGUAUGGAGCUCUUUAUUUUCAUCGUGUCUCUGCUCCAGCAUUUCACCUUCAGCACUCCAGGUGGCCCAGACAGCAUUGAUCCCACUCCUGAAAUCAGUGGCUUCGCCAGCCUGCCCCGCAAGUACCAGCUCGUUGCCUCCACCCGCUGACCAAACUCAGUACUGCAGGCUUAAUAAUGACAAAUUACACAAUCUACCUGAAAAAAUUAAAACAUCUACCUGAAAUUUAAGCAAACAUAAAUUGUUAAAUAUUUUCAGAUAUUUCUAUAUGUAAGGUGAUAGGAAAUAUUCUAAAUAUGUAAACACCCACCUAAAAUUAAGUAUUAAUAUAUCUUAUUUUCAUUUAAACUUUGUUUAUAUAUUAUAUAUGAGUCUGAUAAAUAAGAAUGAUUAUUUAGAUAAUUCUUAUGCUUGGCAUGUUUUGAAUCUUCAUAAGUAUACUGUACUACCAGAUGUGAGAGGCUGCGUGGAAUAGCAUUCUGAUAGUGAUAUUACCUUUUGUUAUCUGAAAUAAUCCUGAUUAAGACAUCAAAUCCUACACUUAGCUUUCCAUGUGCAAGCCAUUAUUAGUAAAUGUAAAGAGGUUUGUACAAAGCGUUCAUGAAGAUUAAAGAGGGGCUUGGAUCAGAGAGUGUUCAGUGCAGUUGGGUUCACUUGUGUAUCUCACACACACACACACGACCUUAAAGUCAGAGCCAGAGAAGCUGAGGCAGUAAGCUGUGGGUAUUGGGUUGAACGUGCUGUCCAUCCGGCCAGUUCCCUGAUGCUCUCACUCUCUCCUACUACAUAUACAUGAGUAGAUAGAGAGUUAAGGUAUCCCAGUAAAGGUAUCCCAGUAGUUAAGUUAAGGUAUCCCAGUACAGUUAAGGUAUCCCAUUACAGUUAAGGUGUCCCUGUACAGUUAAGAUGUCUUUUACUGUACAACUGCCAAUUCAGGUCAUUCGAAAAAGGCAAAAAGUAUUCAAGUGUCAGAAUAUUUUUUUUGCUAUACAGUCUUCAGAAAACUUAUGCAGUUUCUGUCUAGGUAUGAUAUUAACUUCUUAGAAUUCAUUACUGUGAUUAUUUCAACAUAUUCAGUAAAAAGUGCUUUUUUUACUUUCUGUAAACUGAAAAUGAGGAAUUCAAGAUGUU